UCAUAUGGUUUACGCCGACGUCACCGUUUCCUUGGCAACUGAACCUGACAGUUGUUCCUCAAUGCAGCACGGUCAGGAGGAUGUUAAUCCACUCAGCCUGAGCAGGGGUUUGCAACAACAUCCAAGAAAACAUGGGCUUGCUCUCCAUUCUCCGCAGGCUGAAGCACACUCCAGAACAGGAGGUGCGUUUACUGCUGCUGGGCUUGGACAAUGCUGGGAAGACCACACUGCUGAAACAACUGGCAGCUGAAGAUAUCAGUCACAUCACUCCUACACAAGGUUUCAACAUUAAGAGCGUUCAGUCGUCUGGCUUCAAGUUAAAUGUUUGGGACAUUGGAGGUCAACGCAAGAUCCGCCCUUACUGGAAGAAUUAUUUUGAGAACACAGAUGUGCUGAUCUAUGUCAUUGACAGCUCAGACAAGAAACGAUUGGAAGAGACCAGCCUGGAGCUGUCGGAGUUGCUGGAGGAGGAGAAGCUUGCUGCUGUGCCACUGUUGAUCUUUGCCAACAAGCAGGACCUGACGACGGCCUCUUCAGCGUCCGAGUUGGCAGAGAGUCUUAAUCUGCACACGAUCCGUGAUCGCAUGUGGCAGGUCCAGGCCUGUUCAGCACUGACUGCUGAGGGAGUGCAGGAUGGCAUGACUUGGGUUUGCAGGAAUAUAACAUUUCGGAAGAAAUAAUUCUGGAGAUAAAACAUUCCUGAGGAGCUGUUCACAUGUUUUUAUCUGUCAUUGUAUGUCCAUGACAAGAAUGUGAAAGAUGACUAUUUU